AUGCAACAGGAAUCUUUUAUCACCAAUGAUGGCUGCAAGAUUGCUUUCAAGACGUCUGUACCACUGAUGGGGGCGGCGCCUAAGAAAUGUGUAUUGCUCAUGCACGGCUUCAGCGGUUCUAGCGACUACUUUGCCCGCAAUUUCACGACUCUGAGUGAGAACCACUGGGUCAUAGCACCUGAUAUGCGUGGCCAUGGGGAUUCUGACCGAACUCGAGGAGGAUAUCACGUUGCUCGAUUGGCAGUUGAUCUUGCUGGCCUCGUCGCACACAUUCGCAAGUCAGCACCCAACGUCAGCCUCGUUCCUGUCGGAUGUUCCAUUGGUGCUGCAGUCCUCUGGACGUACGUUGAACUGUUCGGAUGUAGCGAUUUUGCCGGACUCGUUUUUGUUGAUCAGGCACCCCUACAAGAUCGGUCGGCGUUUGAUGAGUGGGAUCAAACCAAGGCACAUACUGGAUGCUACGACGAAAAGACGAUGCAAUCGGCACAGUAUAGUUGGAUCCACGACUCCAAAGCGGCGCAUUUGGAUCUGACAUUAGGAUGUUUGGGUUAUCGACACGCCCCUAGAGAAGAAGACAUGGUCUCAGCAGAGCAACAGGCGAAGGACGAAACGUUUUUCACGGAGAUCAGUGCUCGUUGCGAUCAAAGCUGGUUGGCACGACUGCUGGCAGAUCAUACUCGCUACGAUCACCGCGAAGCCAUCGAAACAAUCACAGUUCCCACCUUGGUUAUGGCUGGCAGACGAUCAAGCUGUUUUCCACUCGAGGGGAUGCUCGAGACUGUUAAGCGGGUGGAAACAUCGAAACCGGGCCUUGCAAGGUCAUCAGUAUUUGAGUCUGGGCAUUGGCUAUUUUAUGAAGAGCCGGAAAAGUUCAACAAGGAAAUCGUUGAGUUUGUGAACUCGUGUUCGACACUGGAAUAG